AUGGUCCGAUCCCGUAUAGAACUUUGGUACAACACCGACGUCCGUCAGGCAGAACCUUUUAUUGACGAUGAUGUGGUCUAUUUCAUUACGAUACCCUCCACCGGGCUUUUGGCUGGACCGACGUGCGGGAUACAAGGAUGUCGUGAGUCAGUCCUGGCUCAGCAGAAACAGGGAGUCCAUCCCCUGAAUCCACCUGCGUCUCUGGGCAAGCACAAGAAUGACAAUCCUAUGCACGAUGGCAAGAUGACAAUCACCGUUAAUUCUUAUCUCGGAAAAUUGAAAAAGACCCAAAUUGGAAGAGUUUACGUGAAAGAUCUGGACGACUGGGAUCUUGGAGAUAAGACUUUCACGUGGAGGGAUUCCUUACCCGGUUUUGACCUUUCACCCAGAGGAGAGAUUACAAUGGACGCGAACAUGCCACCCGGUACAUAUCUUAUGUCGUCAAAUGUGCACGACAACCGGCGAAAUGAGAACGCCGUCGGUUAUGUGACCGUAAAGGUGGUUCUCGUGCCUGAAGUGGCGUUUGUCAAUCAAGGAUCGAUGCAACUGCUUUUGGUUGAAGAUUCGAAUCUACAAUCUCCUGAAGAUUUUAUUCGGCCCGAUGCUAAUGGAAAGAGUAUGAUGAAUACAUUCACACAAGAAAUGAUCAAGUAUAUGGGUGGAAAUGUGGUGCUUGACGUGUUUUCUGUCCAGUUGGGUUAUGCAACGCUGCAAACACGGACCGUAACUGUGCUGAACAUCCGAUUUUCUGCACGUGGGUCUUCGUACAAAGAUUCCACUCAGUUGAACGGACUGAUCUCAGCUAAUCGAUUUGAUCUUCAAAACAAAGUAAGUGCGACGAUUGUUGGUGUCGGUAUAGAUAUGUGCAAAUUCACUGUAUGUGAUUCCGGAUGUCAAACUAUCAGCACCGCAGACUUCAAUGGAGUGGUUGUAUCUGCAAACAGCACAGUAUUGGUCGGUGUGAAUGCGCAAUCUAAGGACGAAUGCACUUGUCCGGUGUGGCGGCCUCCUGCGGCAUGCCACUCCGGAUUGUGCCACAAUGAAGGCGUCUGUCACAAUACGCACCCCGGAUUCUUCUGUGAAUGUCGCAGUGAUCUGCUAAAAGGCCCAAGAUGUCAAGGAACGACGAGGUCGUUCUCUGGAGAUGGUUACGCGUGGUACAAACCAAUGCCAGCUUGUACUAGUCUCAACAUUAGUAUGCAGUUUAUAACUUUGCAGCCAGAUGCUGUGCUCUUCUACAAUGGACCAAUGGACACGAAAAACAGUGAGCAACAAAUUGAUUACCGAGACUUUAUUAUAAUUCAGCUCAGAGGUGGACGUCUUGCUAUGGAGGUAUCCAUGAAUGGUAUAGCACCGGUUAACCUUGAAGUCCCUUCUACUCCUUUAAAUGAUGGAACAUGGCAUGAGCUAGCGGUGACACAAAUUGGAAAGUUUAUUGAGCUUGUGGUGGACCAAUGUCGCUUUUUUGGAGCUGGUUCAGAUGACGCUUCCUGUCGAAAGUCUGUCUACACUCAUGAUGAUGAUGAGCGAUUGAACAUAGUUGCUCCUGUGCAGAUUGGUGGUCUCGCUCCGCUUACUUCUGGACAGGCGUACCCAUCAGCUAUUCCACACUCUGGCUUGAACGGAUGUGUUCGCAACUUACGAGUGAAUGGCGAUCAAUAUGAUCUCGCUACUCCAUCCUUUGAGAAGAAUUCUGCAGCUGGAUGCAAGCUAUGGGGUGGUGCUUGUGACAGUAAUGUUAUCGAUAGUCUCACUCAUUGUGUUCAUGGGGAUUGCUACGCAAACGUACGGGGUUCCACACCAAUGAUUCCAAAAUGCAUUUGCGAUCCAGGAUGGGGAGGACCUCGUUGCGAAAAGAGAAUCGAAUGGAUUCAGAUUCAAUCGGGUGGUUUCAUCGACUAUUCGCCGAAAAUUGCUUUCCCAGAACAAACUACCGACGUUGAAUUGCUUUUUGUCCCCGGAAGAGUUACGGAUGCAGCUGAACUGACCUACGGAGCGGACAAAUCUCAGAAUUAUGUUUCUACUUCGGUCGAAAUGACUUCCGGCGGGCUGACCCCAAUGGUGAAAUUUGAUUUGGGUGGAGUUCGAAACUCUCUGACACAGCUGAAGAUCAGCGAACUCUCUCUUAAAGAGAACUCCUCCUACUGGAUGCACUUUACGAGGAAUCCAACUAGAGAGAGAAAUCCCAGGACUACCAUCAACUGGGAUCUCUUCGCUACGCUAGCCGGCUUUUGGGAAGAUUCCGCAAUGGACAACAUUGACGAGGAAUAUGACCGGCUCGUUGAACACCUUCACGACUGCGCAAAGAAUGCUGAGAAUUCUAAAACCACCAAGAGACGCCUUUCUCUUGAAACUCUUGAGCUGAUACGCCAGCGUGGAGCAGCACGAGCCGCAGGGAACCAAGAACUCACGUCCGAGCUCGCAAGGCUUUGCAGAGAGGCGAUAAAGGAAGACCUUAAAGAGAGAAGAGCAGAAGUGCUGGCUGAAGCUGCAGAGGCGGGGAAAAGCAUCCGCUAUGCCCGUUCGAGACUUCGCCAGUCGCAAGAUGAGGAUGACUGCUCUCCGGAACCCGAAGGGAACAACCAUUGCAUCGAGAAGGGGAAUGGAGAAAAUCAUCUACGACUUCUACUCUGA